AAAUCACUCAAGUUCAGUAAAUCCAGAGUCAAAGUUCCAGCCAUUACUGGAUUAGUGGCACAAAACAAAUUCGGCAGAGUCAUCGAUCCAGCUGGUUUCGCUUCACAGAUUGCACAACGAAAUCCCUAAAAUCACUCAUGUCAGUUUGGAUUGUUAGGAGAGACGACUACGGGCAAAGAAGGCUACAAGAGGAGAGUACAGCAACACAACGACAACAGCAGGAGAUCGGCUGGGUAUAUUUAUUAUUAAUUUGAUUGGUCAAUUAUGCUUGGAAUGAACAAAGACUUGCAGUGGACGACAAACGACACGGCAACGGCGACAAAUGACACAAGGAAGAUAGGAAUGCCACAUAUCGAUACAAUCCAGGAGGUUGAAACAGACAAUGAUAAGGAGGAAGUUUCAACGCAUCCUCCAUUACAAGUCUUGGAUCAACUUAGGAUAAAUGUUGAUCUGGAGACUCUGGUUGGGACUUUGAAAAGCGUAUAUGGCAGCUUGAUGUCUGAUUUGUCAUUCAGCAAGAACAAAUUGAAGGAAGUGGAGGGGAGAUUUUAAAACAAGCUUUUGUUCAAUUCCACCAAAAGCUUCGACUCCUCGAAAGCUAUAGGUAUCAAACGCAAUUCUGCUUCCUCUUUUUUUCUAUUUAAUCUACUUCGGCUACUUUUUUAUGACCAUAUUCUUGCAAGAGUACUAUAACUACUAAUAACAAUGUUCUUCCAUAAUGACCAGUUUCUGGAACCUCUUGGCUUUCUCUAAGAUCAUGAAGAAGUAUGGUAAGGUAUUCUGUUUUGAACUGUAUAUUUGAUCCAACCUUUAGAGUUUAAAUUUAGUCUAGCAAUUUGUUAACUUUUUGGUGGUUCUUUUUGCUCGGGUUACAGCAAGGAAUUCCAAGUCCUUUUUGAAAAUGGCAGAGAACUCAUAUCUUAGGAACUCUGAUGAGGUUUGUGUGUAAUGAUUUUUUAUCAAAUAUGAUUUGGCCGUGGUUUUUGUUGUUUUGAUAAGGAUGUUUGCUUUAGUGAAAAUGGUGAAGAAAACCAUUGAAGUGUAGAAUGAGAUGCCAAAGUAUGGUGUGAACCUGAUGAGGAUGUUUUUGGUUGUUUUGUUGGAUGCUUCACAUAAGAAUGGUAGUUUCAAAGAAGCUGGAUUGCUUCGAGGAUAUGAAGCUGAGGUUUGCGCCAUAGAAACGCAUUUUUGUUCUUGCAGAUCUUAGCGCCUAUAAUGCGUUAAUUAGAUUAAUUGGAAUUGAAGUUGGGGGGAAACUAAAGAGUAUUAGAUUCUGGAACUAAAUAGAAGCAAAUGGCAACUAAUAGCCUUGGCUUUGACACCUUUGUCAUUGUGAUAAAUGGUUUGAGUUGGAUUAUAUAGAUGAAGCUUGUGAUGAAUAAGAUAUGAUCUUGAGAAUUCUGCUAUUUGCUCCUUAAUAUGGUACUCUGAUGGAUCUUUUAACUGUUGUACUCAGAGCAGAUAAACUUAAAUUAGGUACAGAUGUUUGGAGUUGCAUUAUGACAAAAGGAUUUGAGCUCAACGUAUACAUUCGAUUCAUGCACUCUCCUCUAGAGGGCAUGUAAAGGAAGCAUGCUGUUUAGAUUUGUUGGAUCCUGGUGUAAUGCCACAGCCUAACACCUUUGCAAAGCUGAUGUGCUGAUUAAAGAAACUGUAUAACAGAUACAUUGUUGUAAACAUAAGAAGGUUAGGCAAAUGGCUGCUGGUGAAACGUAGGUGCCGUCCAGAUGCACAAGCAAUGUGGUGCAAGGGACUUGAAAGAAAAAGCCAUGGGAAAAAUAGAUUGAAGAAAAGGAGAUCCCGCCGGCAUCGAUGGGGAAGAGGCAGUCACAUACAGAAGCUGGAAUCUAGAAGUGGAUUCUUUGAGUUCAAUGUUACAUCUGUUUCCUGUAAUUAAUGAACGAUGCCUCAAAUUACUCUUUAGACUAGAAGACAAAUAUGUUGUUGUAUUAAUUUGUUUGAGUAGAAUUAAUGCGAGCAGAGUGUUGCUUUUUAAUUUGUCUUGCUGUUUAAGAUUUUUUUUUUUUUGAAAAUGUCUGUUUAAGAGUGGAGUUCUUAGUUAAUUCCAUACCUUUCAAAGAAAGUUUCGUCUGAAUAAAUUUUAGGGACACUGUCUGCCGAAAGUGAUGAUGAAUUAUUUUUCUAUGGACUUCUGCAACGAAAAUUAUUGUAUUGCCCUUGAUGAGUAGAGAAAGAAAGAAGCAAAGUCAAAGUUUAAAAUCCAAUCAUGGUUUACUUUUCCAUUAUUCUUUGAAAGGUAUGGAAUCAAUAACUUUGUAUAAAUUUUAUUUUUUGUGUUAAUAUUUACACCAUUUGUUAUCACUUUCAAAAUUAUAUAUUUUAAAUAUUACACCAUUCGUUAUCACUUUUGAAUUGAGAAAUGAGGCUUUUAAAUAUUUUCGAAUUAUCCUCUUUUGUAGACGUGAUUUUCAGGUGGCCAAUGGUGAUCGGCAUAAAAUGGAGGAGCGCGACCGGAAGAGGUUCUCGGCAAAAAUUACGGCCAAAGGAGUUUUAUUUUUUUCAAGAGAAAUCUAAAGUUCCAAGUUAUGACAUUGAAUAAGUAAUAAAUUAGAUUGAGUUAACUGUAAUUUAAUUUGGUUAUAGGUGUAUAAAGUUAAAGAACUAUUGACAUCAUUUUAGAUGGUGUCACAGAGAAUGAGACAUAGGCAAGUGUAUAUUGUGUAAAUCGU